AUGGUGGUCAUCAUUAUCGUUGCAGUCAUGUUUGUAGCGGUUACAUCGUGGGUUAUACGCUGGUACUGCAUGCGUCGUUUGAAAGCUAAAAGUAAACUACGUUCUAGACGAAAUCGGAGCAUUCACGCGGCAAAUAUUCAAGCAACGUCCCCAAGUAAUACGACGGGCAGGUCUUCAGGUACACCGUCGUUUCCGGCGUUUGAUAGACGUACACGAGGAAUACAGUCGCCGGUCACAGGCGAACGUGGGCGGGGGAACCAAGACGUGCAGCAUGGACGACUUACUCCACGUAGUCGCGAACAAACGUCUGCACGUGGCCGAAGAAAUCCUGACCUGGAGUUUGCAUCAAAUAGAACCCGUCAAACGAGCCGCGAGCAUGAUUCUAGACGUGGUAAACGAGCUCUAAAUUUGGAAGGAGGGCGACGUGAACCCGGCUCUGGUCGACGAUGGCAAACGCCUGAUACUAACUUUGUGCCAAAUGGACCACGGAGUCAUAAAGAAGCUGGCAUGCAGUACGAACCGAAUUCUGGAAGAAGUCGACGAGAUACUUACAAAAUGUGCAAGGCAGAAACAGUGACGCGAAAUCCUACGAGCAACGACGCGGCACCAUCUUCCAGUGGCACUGUAUAUACUGGCCGUAAUACGUACGAAAGAGUUGCGCAGUUUGCUCAACUAGCAGCAUUUGAGGCGCCGUCUCCUUCACCUGUUAGACCCCAGAGGCCGAUUCAAUCGAUACCAGUCUCAGACGCAGUUCCGAAACAUAUUAGAGCGCCAGCACAGAAUGCAAGACCAGCGCCUUCUGCUCCUUCCAUGCCAAAGCGUACAGAAUAUUAUAUUGAAGAAAGUCCUGUGGCAGCGGACUAUGACAUUCUGUCCCCCAAGACGGCAAGGUCACUGGCAUCAGUCGCGUCAUCGGCAACAACGGUGGUAGUUCCUGGACGCAAUCGACCAACUGCACUUCAGCAGGGUCGACGACCGCAACAUGCGCCUGCCGUUGCUUCUUAUUAUCAACCAGGCUAUAGUGUCGAUGAUGCAAAAAGCUUUGGCGGCGAAAGCCGAUUUAGUGAAAGCAAGUACGAUGAAAGCGGGUUUGGAAACAAACAGAAAGCACCUGGCAACUAUCUCGACUCGUUUAUGAGCAAGGAUAGCUCCAUGGCGUGGUCAAGAGCUUCAGGCCUAAGCGACGACAGUUACUACCUUGCCCCGCCCACUAACUUAGCUUGCAUUCCCGUGAUCGAGGCACCCCGUGAGGACGAUGACGCCCUGAGUGAGGACGCAUAUUCUGACUGGGGUCACUCAACUCACCAAACCUCCGAUGAUUUCCGAAGCACUGCAGCAUCAUAUUCAGCAAAGGAUGCAUCAUUUUUUUCCGUAAAUUCUGAUUUUUCGGAUUCAAGCAGUAUGUUCAAGGAACGCGAGUUCUAG